AUGUCCUAUGACAGGUACCUUGCUAUAUGUUAUCCACAACAGUAUAAUAUCAUCAUGACACCCAACAGGGUGUGUAUUUUAAUUGGUGCAAUAUGGUUGUACUCGUUUCCAAAAUGCCUCAUAACACUGUCUUUAACCAUUCAUUUGCAAUUGUGUCGGAACUUUAUAGACAAAGUGUAUUGUGACAAAUACCUGGUAGUAAAACUUGCCUGUUCAAUUUCAGACACACCAGUUAAUAACAUCUAUGGAUUCUGUGGUCGCUGUCCCUUUAAUUACUAGUGUGUCCUCUUAUAUUAAGAUUCUGACUAUUUGUUUGAAAUCUUCCAUCGAGACCAGACAGAAAGUUUUCAGUACCUUUAUUUCUCAUCUGGCCUCGCUGCUCAACUUCUCUUUUGGCUGUUUCUUAACUCUGCUCCAGAGUAGAUUUGAUAGGCCUAUGAAAAAUGUUCCAACUGUACACACUAUUUUAUCAGUGUACUAUCUGAUGUGCUAGCCACUUUUAAAUCCUAUUGUGUAUGGAGUUAGGAUGGCUAAAAUCAGACAGGCUUGUACCCUAAAACAUAAGCUAAACAUUAAUGUGACCUUUUCUGGCCUGAUUGUUUUUUUUUUUGUGAUGUUGACUUGUGUGUUUUGAUACUUAUAGGUGCACUAAUGAAUGGGGUUGAGGAUUGUGAAAAUCAGACUUGUAAAACAUUUGCUGAUUUGUAUAAUUUUGUCAUUUACCUUUUAUUCACUUGCUGAUCUCCACUGACUACCUGUCCAUCAAAGGAUUUACUUUAAAAUACACUUCCUACAAAGCCUUCAAUGGCAUCGGACCAGCCUACCUGUCAGACCUACUCUCCCCCUAUGAACCUCCACGCACCCUAAGUUUAAGCCACGUCAAGCUGCUCCAUGUAGCCAGGACCUGGAUACACACAAUAGAGGGUUGUUUCUUUUGCUCCCACGCACCACGCCUUUGGAACUCCCUUCCUGACAAUCUCAGGGCUGUUCAGACUGUUGGGGCCUUUAAAGCAGGCCUUAAGACUCAGCUCUAUGAGCCUUCCCAUCCUCCUAGACUUUGAUUGUUGCUUUCAUGAUUUGGUUAUAUAUAUUUUGUACUCCUUUUUAGUUUAUCUUUACUUUGAUGCACUUUUACAAAUGUAAAAAAAAAACAGAACUCAUUACUUUGAAUUCUUUACUUGAAUGUACAGUUUUGCCAGAGGCUGCUGUAUCUAUGUGUUGAACAAAUAUAGAAAUGCAAAACUGUCUGGAUCGAUUGACAACAGUGGAUAAACGUAUGUAAAUGUGUAAAAGUUAAGCCCAUUACGUCUAUCCCUAAUGGAAAAUAGGCCUUGUAAGGUGGUGGGCCAACCACAUACCCAUCUUGUUUUUCCAGGGUCGCUGUGAGAUAUGUUUGACCCUCAGAAUAAAAUAAUACAGUAAGGGUAAUGAUGAUUUAUUGUAUAUAUAAGAUACAUUUGUCAUGUACUCCAUCCAUCCUGUAAAAAGCUGUAAAAAGUUCAGGAGUUCUGUCAAUGAAAAGUAUGUCCGAAACACCAGUACAUUUUUUUACUCCAUGCAUACUUUACCAUGGGGAAAGCAGAAGCCAAUAACAAGAGCAUAAUAUAAAUGUUUACUGAGUCAUUAGGUACCAGGUCAUUAGUCCAAUCUAGCACCUCGUUCCCUGGGAACCAAUUAACGCAGCUAUUAACCUGUAGAGACCUGGCUCAAGGAGAAGCACGGCUGGUCUUGACUGCAUUCCAAAUGGUACCCUAUUCCCUAUAUUGACCAGAGCCCUCUGGUCAAAGGUGGUGCACUAUAUAGGGAAUAGAGUGCCAUUUGGGAUGCACACCUUCUGUCAUCGCCUCUGGGAGUGUAGGACCUGAAAGUGUACUGUAGGCCUAGGAUAUCCUACAGCAGGAAUAGCUCUGGGCCUAGGUUUUAGACUAUAGCUAGGACAUAGGGUCCAGAGUUAUUCUCUGUUUUCCCUGGUUAGGUCAUAUUUUCAAGGAACCCGUUCCUUUGUCAAAGGCUUUGGAUUGUUUUCACUUAACCAUGUAUUUCUUGUACAUGGCACACAAUACAUAGCACACAAUCUCCUGCAAAAAUGUUAAUGAUAGAUCUGAUAGCGUUGCUGCCCAGCCCACUGGUGUUGUCACAUACAGUGCAUUUGGAAAGUAUCAGACCCCUUUCCUUUUUCUACAUUUUGUUACGUUACAGCCUUAUUCUAAAAUUGAUUAAAUAAAUAAAAAAUCCUCAUCAAUCUACACACAAUACCCCAUAAUGACAAAGCGAAAACAAGUUUUUAGAUUUAUUUUCAAAUGUAUAAAAAAACAAAAACAGAAAUACCCUAUUUACAUAAGUAUUCAGUUCCAUUGCUAUGAGACUCGAAAUUGAGCUCAGGUGUAUCCUGUUUCCAUGGAUCAUCCUUGAGAUGUUUCUAUAACUUGAUUGGAGUCCACCUGUGGUAAAUUCAAUUGAUUGGAUAUGAUUUGGAAAGGCUCACGCCUUUCUAUAUAAGGUCCCACAGUUGACAGUGCAUGUCAGAGCAAAAACAAAGCCAUGAGGUCAAAGGAAUUGUCCAUUGAGACCAGAGACAGGAUUGUGUCGAGGCACAGAUAUGGGGAAGGGUACCAAAAAAAUUCUGCAGCACUGAAGGUCCCCAAGAACACAGUCGCCUCCAUCAUUCUUAAAUGGAAGAAUUUUGGAACCACCAAGACUCUUCCUAGAGCUGGCCGCCAGGGCAAACUGAGCAAUCAGGGGAGAAGUACCUUUGUCAGGGAAGUGACCAAGAACCCGAUGGUCACUCUGACAGAGCUCCAGAGUUCCUCUGGGGAGAUGGGAGAACCUUCCAGAAGGACAACCAUCUCUGCAGCACUCCACCAAUCAGGCCUUUAUGAUAGAGUGGCUUGACGGAAGCUAAUCCUUAGUAAAAGGCAGAUGACAGCCUGCUUGUAGUUCGCCAAAAGGCACCUAAAGGAUUAUAAGACCAUGAUAUUCAAGAUUCUCUGGUCUGAUGAAACCAAUAUUGAAUUAUUUGGCCUGAAUGCCAAGCUUCACGUCUGGAGGAAACCUGCCAUCAUCCCUACGGUGAAGCAUGGUGGUGGCAGCAUCAUGCUGUGGGAAUGUUUUUCAACGGCAGGGACUGGGAGACUAGUUAGGAUCGAGGGAAAGAUGAACAGAGCAAAGUGCAGAGAGAUCUUUGAUGACAACCUUCUCAGGGGGCUCAGGACCACAGACUCGGGCUGGGCCACUCAAGGACAUUCCAACAGGACAAUGACCCUAAGCACACAGUCAAGGCAAUGCAGGAGUGGCUUCGGGACAAGUCUCUGAAUGUCCUUGAGUGGCACAGCCAGAGCCCGGACUUGAAUCCAAUCGAACAUAUCUGGAGAGACCUGAAAAUAGCUGUGCAGCGAUGCUCCCCAUCCAACCUGACAGAGCUUGAGAGGAUCUGCAGAGAAGAAUGGGAGAAAAUCCCCAAAUGCAGAUGUGCCAAGCUUGUAGCAUCAUACCCAAGAAGACUCAAGGCUGUAAUCGCUGCCAAAGGUACUUCAACAAAGUGCUGAGUAAAGGGUCUGACUACCUAUGUAAAUGUGACAUUUACAUUUUUUUUAUAUUUUAGAAAUUAGCCAACGUUUCUAAAAACCUGUUUUUGCUUUGUCAUUAUGUGUGUAGAUUUAUGAGUGAAAAAAACUAUAUUUUGUUGUAUUGUUUUAGUUACACAGAAGACAUUCCCCAAUGAUGAAGGGAGGUCUGAGUUUGGUGUUUGGUGAUGUUCUUUUUUUCAUGGAUAUCAUCCCUAUCUCCCUGAGUUUGCGACUGCAAUUUUGUGGUAAUGUUAUAGACAGAGUGUAUUGUGACAACUACUCGGUAG